CAUCUUGCUUACUUGUUGCAUUUCUUGAUUUCUGUUCAUAGUUCUACAUGUUGCUUUAAUGUUUGUUUAGCAUUUCUUUAUAAAAAAACAAAUUUUAAUUUCUCGUAUCAGCUGAACAUGCACAAAUUUGAAAACUUUCUUUUAAUCGUAAUAAUUAUUUAAUGUAGUUGCUAUUCAUUGAGUGACUUGUAACAGUGUUAAAUUUGCAUUCCAUGCACUAAGACCAAAUUGCAUGCAGGUAAAAUAGCAAAAUUUUCUUGAAAAUGUAUGACAUGGAUUUCUGCAUUAUGAAAAAUCCUGCAGUCGCUGAUCCAUGUCUGACAAUUUGCUUCGGUGCAGGAGGCACAUGUUCAGAAGCAGAGCACAGGCUCUUCUCAGUGAUAUUCUCCAACUACAAUCAGUACAUACGACCUGUGGAAAACGUGUCUGAUCCGGUCAUUGUGCAGUUUGAGGUGUCCAUGUCACAGCUGGUCAAAGUGGAUGAAGUCAAUCAGAUCAUGGAAACCAAUCUGUGGCUGAGACAUAUUUGGAAUGAUUAUAAACUCAAAUGGGAUCCUAAAGAUUUUGGCGGCGUGGAGUUCAUCCGAGUACCAUCGAAAAGAAUCUGGAAGCCAGACAUUGUUCUUUAUAAUAAUGCAGUUGGAGAUUUUCAGGUUGACGACAAAACAAAGGCUCUCCUUCGCUACAACGGUGACGUCACCUGGAUCCCACCGGCUAUAUUUAAAAGCUCCUGCAAGAUCGAUGUCACAUACUUCCCCUUUGACUACCAAAACUGCACCAUGAAGUUUGGUUCCUGGACUUAUGACAAGGCCAAAAUUGACCUUGUGCUGAUUGGUUCAACCAUCAACCUCAAGGACUUCUGGGAGACUGGCGAGUGGAUAAUCAUUGACGCCCCUGGCUACAAGCAUGAUAUCAAGUACAACUGCUGCGAGGAGAUCUACACUGAUAUCACUUACUCUUUGUACAUCCGCCGCUUGCCUCUUUUCUACACAGUCAACAUGAUCAUCCCCUGCCUCUUAAUCUCCUUCCUGACAGUGCUCGUCUUCUAUCUGCCUUCUGACUGUGGUGAGAAAGUCACGCUGUGCAUCUCCGUCUUGCUGUCUUUGACCGUCUUUCUUCUCGUCAUAACAGAGACAAUUCCCUCUACCUCCUUAGUCAUACCUUUGAUCGGCGAGUACCUCCUGUUCACCAUGAUUUUCGUCACCCUCUCCAUUGUCAUUACCGUUUUUGUCUUGAAUGUCCACUACCGCACACCGAAGACACACACCAUGCCCUGCUGGGUGCGACAUGUGUUUCUAGGACUGCUGCCCAAAGUGAUGUUCAUGACCAGGCCGGAGAGGGACCCGGAGAAGGUGACGGUGGCUGGAAGUGUUGAGACUAUUCAUCCAAGAACCUGCGCUGUCCACUCUUCAGGCACUCUGCAAAAGCAGCACAAGCCCCAAGCUUUGGCAUCCAGCGUUGUGUCAAGCCUGACUAACCGCCAGAGGCUUUUCAAUAACACAGAGCUCUCCAACCUGAAUAACCUGAGCGAAGACUCUGGUAAAUGUGUCGCCUCUGGCGUCCUGUGCUGUGAGGGCCGAUGUAACUGCUGCUGGCAGAAGAGAUCGGGCAAACUGCCUUCAGACUCUGGUGGUGGAAGUGGUGGACUGGGCAGCCUGGGGGCCCUGACUGGCAGCACUGGUGUUGGGGUCAGACAGGAGAGUCAUUGCUCCAGUUCUGAGUCUCUAGAUGGGGGAGUUAUGUCCCUUUUGCCUCUGUCUCCUGAGGUCAGGGAGGCAAUUGAAAGUGUUAAAUACAUAGCAGAAAACAUGAGACUUCAGAACGAAGCUAAAGAGGUUCAGGAUGACUGGAAGUAUGUUGCCAUGGUUAUUGACAGGAUCUUCCUUUGGGUUUUCGUGCUUGUCUGCAUCCUGGGGACAGCUGGCCUCUUCCUCCAGCCUUUAUUACUCGGGGAGGAUAUUUGAUUGAAUUUAAGAAAACUAUUACUCCACACUGCACUCUGCUCUCAUAUACAGGAUGUGGCCUCUGUCUGAGUAGUGGAAAAAUAUAGGACACACAGUCAAGGAGAAAAAAGCCAGGAUUCAGAGUGUUUUUCUGUUUUGCUAUUUUUUUGACAACUUUACCUUGGAUCUAUGGCAAAUAAAUCUGUGGCACAAAGC